AUGGCCUCCGACGAAUCUCCCCAUUUCAACGAGUUUUGGAAUGCAUUCGUGGAACACGAUGUUCUCAUCGUUUCCGGUGGAACUGGAUCUGGAAACACAACUCAGAUCCCGCAGUUUGUGGCCUCCAUGGCCCAAACACUGAACAUCGGUGGCCGCAUUGCCUGUACUCAGCCUCGAGAUUUGGCCGCAGUCAAGGUAGCCGAACGAGUUGCCCAAGAGGCAGGAUGUGAUCUAGGUGCCCAAGUUGGGUACCAAAUCCAUGGCGACGACAAGACAUCCGAGGAGACCCGGCUCAUUUACGUGACCGAUGGAUCGAUGGUUGCCCAGGCCUUCAACGAUCGAAAUUUCAGCGAUUACCACACAGUCUUCAUCUACGAGGCCCACGAAUGCAACAACAACAUCUACCUUUUGAUGGCGCUGGUCCGGCGAGCUGUCAAAGCUCGACAAAAUUUGGAGCACAAUCUCAAGGUUAUAGUCAUGUCAACUACGAUAAGUGUCGACAAACAUGCCGAGUACUUUAAAGACUACGCAACUGUGACACAGGUUCACAUGCCUGGCGUAACGCACCAAGUUCGCCUUCGCUACCUGGGGGAAUCCCCACGACUUACAUCAACUGGACAUCCCGAUAUAGAUAAUAUUGUGGAGGAGGCCUGUCGAACCGUGGCGAACCUCGUCCGAAAUAAAUAUCCACCAGGCAAUAUUUUGGUGUUCAUGCCUGGCGUCAGUGAAGUUGAGAUGGCAUGCCAACUCAUCCGAAAGAACAUUAGAGAAGUGGAGGUCAUUUCUCUUCACUCGGCACAGUCAGAAGGUGCUCAAAACGCAAUCUUGAGCUCGUCCACCAACAAGCGCCGCCAAUGUAUAGUUUCAACGAACAUCGCAGAGACGAGUAUCACCAUCCCUGACAUCGUUUAUGUCAUUGACACCGGGAUAGAAAAGGUGAAGCGCUUGAUGCCCCGGACAGGCGCUUUUGAGGUUCGCCCACGCCCUAUCUCCAAGGCAGUUGCCAAUCAACGUGCAGGGCGCUGUGGCCGAACCCGGCCAGGAAUCUGUUUUCGGAUGUAUACGGAACAAGAUUUUGAGAGGAAUCUGCGUGAUCAACCAGAUGCUGAGAUUGUCCGAGACGAUGUUAGCGCGAUCUAUCUAAAGGCAUUGGCAUUCGGCUUUACAGCCGCGACUCUACCGUUUAUCGACCCCCCUCCCUUUGAAAACCUGGCAUAUGCCAACGAACUACUCCUUGAUCUCGAUAGUGGCUACAUAAAUGACCUGUUUCAGGUUACUAAUGCUGGCAAGCGUGCUGCUCAGAGCCCAUUUGAGCCCAAUUGGAACUACGCCAUCGAAUUUGCCAAGGUGAAGUAUCCUCGCCUCGCUCAUCACAUUGUGGCUCUUGCUACAAUGUGCAGUUCGAUGCAAUCCAUCUUUUUAGCGGCACCAACGAAACUUGUUCCAUCGUCCCUUGCGCCCAGGGCAGACCCAUUGUCCGAUCUCAUUACCGAGCUAAAUGCUCUGUACGCAUUCGAGGCCGAGGAGCCCAAGCGACCAAAUGACCGUGAACUCGAUCAAUGGUGUGACCGUCGAUCUCUCAAUCGUUUGUUGAUGGAGCAGGUCCUCCUCCAACGUGACUCGGCUAUUGGAACAAUGGAAAUCCGGUUUGAAGACGCUCCAGAGGCUCUCAAUAGCCAAGACGGAGAGAAUAUCCGGAAGAUUCUCGCGCGAACCUUCUUCCGGAAUAUCGCAUUUCAGAGCCCUUCCUCUAACGGGGAGUUACGAUACCACACGAUCCAUGGAAAUUUCGAGGCCUUGGUAGCCCAAGAAAGUAUGCUCAGCACUGGGGAACACCCCUGGGUCAUGUACGAUACCCUCAAGAUGGGGAGGAACAACCUCUACAUGGAGAGAGUAACGCACAUCGAACCCGGGUGGAUCGCAGAUCUUCCUUUCUUCCAAGAUGACCGCAUGAAGAAGAAUUACCACGGGAAUAUCGCACAAUGGCGGGUUAAGGAAGCAUUGGAUAAAAUCAGAGCUGCCAUUUAG